AUGGCAGCCUCCGUCAAUAAUGCGUGUGAACCCUCAGCCGAGCGUAGACAGUUAUUUACUACGAGUUUUCAGAAGAAAACACGCAACAAGUUAUUAAGCAUACCCGGUACAAGACCCUCCGUGCAAAACGGACAGCUCCUCGUAUCCACUGGUGUCACGUCGCUCGACUAUUUACUCGGUGGUGGUCUUGCAGUUGGAACGGUGCUUCUCAUAGAGGAGGACCGUUACGAUAGCUACUCCCGUAUGAUCCUAAAAUAUUUCCUGGCAGAAGGGGUGGUGUGUCGACAUGAACUCUUCCUAGCAGCGGCUCAAGACCACCCGAAUGACAUCUUCCAGGAACUUCCUGAUCCUGUCUUGGAUGACGUUGCCAUUCAUAAACCAGCAGACCAACCAAGUCUGUCACGUGACCCUCAGGAUAGUUUCGAUGCCAUGAAGAUUGCCUGGCGUUAUCAGAACCUUCCAAAAGUGCAGAGUGCCCUUGCGUCCUCAUCUCGGUUCGGCCACUACUAUGAUGUUUCCAAGACAAUGGAGCCAGAAAUCCGCCAGGCAGCCAAGUGCCACCACUUCUACCUUGCAGAACAUCCCAGCCAGUCAACAGCCACACACAGUCUCAUGCUUGAGUCCUACUUGGCUUUGCUGAAGUCCAUUGAGGAGGUCAUACGCAGGGAGGGCUUCCAAGUAACAGCACCCAUGACAAAGUCACGCAACAUCCUACGUAUCGGGCUUCACUCACUCGGUUCAGCUCUGUGGGGUGAUGACCUGUGUUGCCUCGACAACCCGACACACAGCCACGCCCUCACUACCUUUCUCUAUGGACUGCGGGCUUUGCUGAGGUCAUCGCUGGCAGUUGCAGUAGUUACUGUGCCUUCACAUCUCAUCCAGAACAGAUCUCUAAUGGCCAGCAUAACCAGGCUAUGUGACAAUGCCAUAGCGCUAGAAUCAUUCAAAGGCUCUGAGAGGGAGACCAGCCCACUCUACAAAGAUUACCAUGGCCUGUUACACGUCCGGCAACUGCCUCACCUCAACUGUCUUGCAAGUCAACUACCUGACCACAAGGACUUGGCCUUUAAGCUCAAGAGGAAACAGUUCACCAUCGAGCGAUUACAUUUGCCUCCUGACUUGUCUGAGACGGUGAGUCGUGUGAGCAGGGGGGAGCUGGCAGGAGCGGCCAUGGCGGCUUCAGCCUGCGGCUCAGGCAGCUCCGGCAGCAAGCACCUGGAUUUCUAGUGCGUCCGACUCGCAAGAUGCUGCGGGCAACCAAAAGCGCCUGCCUGUGUGCCACGACGACCCGCCCACGUGACGCCCGGCCACAUCUCAUAUCAUUUCAAGCUUCUUCUUGGAGUUUUCACCCAAAAUCAAACCCUGCCAAACCACACGGGGGCUCUUUUGAGGAACAUUUUAUCAUUCGUAACUCUCGUAACUCGCCGUGACAAAGACGUUCAUGUGAGAACAACUAAACAGUCGUAAGACUUAAAUACUCAAAAUGCAUCGUGCACAUUUCAAGUAGAUACAGAAGCUGACCACUGUUCAUAUUUAGGUAUUAAAACAACAAAACGCUCUUUAGAUUUAAAUGACAAACUCAAACUAAGAAUAAGUUCUCAAAGUCAACAACAAAAUACUUAAAUACCUUAAAUGACAGGAGCAAUUUAAUACCCUUUUUUAAGUAUAAAAAGAAGUUCAUCACUGGGCAAAUUAAAGCAAAAGGAGCAAAACACACUGAAAUGUGCACUUUAAGUGUAAAAAGAAGUUAACCACUGUAAAAUGGAGACCCCCCCCCCCCAAGAACACGCGCGCGUUCCCACACCGUACAGCACCACAGCCAGACGUUUAGACGCACUUCUCCAUGCGCUUGCAUGACAAAGUGUCUGCUUCCUGUCGCUUCCACUGUGGAUUCCACUUUGUUGACGCUGCCUCUUCUGCUUUUGUACCACAAAAGGCCAAAAAAAAAGCAAUAGACACAGGUCAUCGAUGCUGAAAGAAACGAGUCCUUAGCGUCAAAUGUUUAGCUUUGAAAUGAAGGCAAAGGGCAAACGACAUCAACUGGAUAACGUUCCAUGGUGUUAAAAUGAGAAGGUGCGUGGAAUAGUUCAGUGGAAAAGAAGUGUCGGUCUUCUGUGGUUUGCUGUGUUGGUGCGAAUUCAGUCGAUCAGUCCAAAUGUAGCAGCACAAGAAGUACUUCAAUCAUUGGUAGAUGAACUUUCUUACCUCGAAGAAUGAACUACUCUCUGAACUCAUGGGGUAAAAAUUCAAACCUCGUGCGGCGUAGGAAACAGUAGAAAGUGAAUGACGUCGCAUGCUACGUUACCCUCUACGCUGUUAUUGGUACAAUCAACUCACCAUGUUGUGGGAAUACAUUCAUAAUAUUAUGAGUAUAAAGGUGCAGCUUGCUUAGCACACCCUCAGCUCUCAUGAAUGUCAUCAUUUCCACACGUUCAUGAAGCUGACGCAAUUAUUGUUUCUGCGCAUGCACUGUGUGUGUGUUUGCUCCCACCAAACCAGGUGCACUUUUUUUUUUUGUAUUAUGAUGUAAAAAAAAUAAAUAAAUAAAAUGCAUUUUUAAUUCUUAGAAAAUUACAGUUUUUUUUCUCCCAAAAUUCUGACAUUUUUCUCACAACAUCGGAACAUUAGAACCUUUUUUGUUGAAGGUAGGACUUUUGUCUUUUACAUAAUAAUGUCUUUGUUAUCGGGAAAUAUGAUUUUUUUUGUAUUGAAAUUAUCUUUUUUUUCUCAUGAAAAAUUGUCUUUAUUGUUAAAAGGGUAAUAAAAAAGGAUCAUUUUAUCCUCAUAAAAUGAUCCCUUUUUUUCUCUCAUACAGUUUUUAUUCUCUGGCAAUUCCAGCUUUUUUCUGAUAAACAUUACAUAUUUAUUCUCAUAAAAAUAACUUAUUCUAGUAUAUGCUAAAUAUGUCUUUAUUUUUCAGACAAAUACAACAAAGUUGGCCUUUUUUCUUAUAAUUUCAUCUCUCAUAAAUACGUCUACUCUCUGCAAAAUCCAGCUUUUUUCUUGUAAAAUUGGGACUUUUUUUUCUCUAUGUUUGAAAGAUUUUCAUUUUAUUACACUUGGCAUUCUCAUAAAAUUCUCUCUUUUUUUCCUCAUAAAUACUUGUGUAUUUAUUGUGUGACAAGUACAACUUUUUUCUGGUAAAAUUAUUUUUUUUACUCAAUUUAAUUUUUGAAACAUUUAAAUUUUUCUCCUAAAAUUAGGAAUAAUUUAUGUAUUUACUUUGUAAAUUGCAAUUUGCAUUCUCAUAAAAUGAUCUGUUUUUCCUCAUAAAUACAUUAUCCUGUGACAACUUUUUUUGUUGUUGUAAACCGGAUAAAUAUGACAUUUAUUCUCAGAAAAAUACAAGUUUUUGUUGUACUCGUUCUUUUUAAAGUGCCCCUUUUUUGUUGAACUGUUUCAACUAGACCGAUGAUGAGACUGUUCACAUAUUUUGCUUUUUCAGGCCAUUUGCGCAUCGCCAUUUUGUGACGUGAAAAUUGUUUGUCACAGAGUCGAUGAAAGAAACAAAACGUCAGUUGCAGCUGCUGCGAUUUCCGAAGUCUAACACCUCACCAAAGCGAGCACCGAAGUGAGCAUUUUGCGGCAUCCAACGUGUACUUUGACCAAACUUAGUUUGACAGCUAAACCUCCUUAAACGUGACCAGCGUCGUCCACACGCCAUGUAACUAAAAGUCAGUUGGGGAAGUCUAAAUGCAAAUUAGCGGCAUUGACAUCUGCAUUGACACGCAACGUGAACAUUUAGUUUGUUCAGACAUUAACAAGAGUGACACUGACUCAAAAUCAGAACUAUGGCGUAGUGUCCAUGAUGCAGACAAGAUUUCUACUGAUCUAUUUUUUGUGUGUUACUCUUGUCACGUCACCAUUACGUCACGUCCUGAUCCGCCCAACGACACAGAAAACGGUGAGCUGUGACGAAACAAUUCACAGAAAUUUCGUCACAGAAAAAGCCUCGCCAUCAUAAAUUGUCUUAGAGUGCACAGUCGCGCACGUCAUCAUUUUUCCAUGACUGUUUAUGUGUGUGCACGGAAAAAAAAUAUUAAAAAAAACCUUGUGAAAACAUGUAAAAACGUCAAAUUUGUGUUUUUCAAAACCUUACACAAAGUGCAAAUCCAGCAUUUAUCAAAUCUCAUGUUUCUGUAAAUGCUACAACAAACGGUGCCCGGCUGCCACGAAGUGCACCAACUGAAACAGAACCAGUCAUACUUUAUUUUAAUAUGCAAAUUGGUGAGAAUUUCAAUUUUUGCUUGCCAGGUGACGAAUGACCCAUGGAUAUCACUUAACUUAUCAACACCAGUGCAGUCCAGUGACGGCACCAUUAAAAAGUGCAAUAAACAGAAAUGCAACAAGUUCCUGUUCAUUUGCUGUGCCACACUACGGCUCCACUUCCUCGCUUUAUCCCCCCCCCCCCGCUCCAUCUUUGCCAUCGUCAUUGUUUCUGUAAGUGUGCUAAAGCAGCAGCCAGCGACGGCGGAUUGCUUGACCUUUUUUCCUCAUUGUGCCGCACGGAGACAGCUUUGUUAUUUGCCGCACGCUGCAAGCGUCGCGCUGGCAUUUCUCUGCAUUCUUAAGUCUCGGAAGGAGGAAAGGAAGAGUGUGGCCCCUUGCAGAGGGAAGGGCCUUCGCUUGGACAUCCAGAAAUGAUGCGGUCGAAGGUCAUCAUCUACAGUGAACAGACUGAAAAACUUCUUUUCAGACACAAUUUUACUGUACAAAAUGUUUUUUAUAGUUUUCACAAAAUACAUUUAGAAAGCUCCAUUUUAAAUAAAAUUAAAUUGAAAUAUUUAAGAGACAGCGUGUCAACAUUUUUUGUUGUGGUUUUUUUUUUGUUUGUUUUUUGUUUUUUUCAUAUCUCCAUGUACCCAGACGUAAACCCAGUAUGUGUCCAUGUUCUACAUACACACUGAAAUCAAAAAUUCCAAUAAAAGAACAAAAAUAAAACAAAAAGAGCAUGACAGAUGAUGCUGGGAAAACAAACAAACAAACAAACAAACUUCCCAUGGUCUUCAAUUAUAAAUAAGGAAUCGCAGGUCUCGGCCGCAGACUUCCAGACCGGAAGCCGAUGUAACGAAACAAAACACACAAACUAAUAUGUUUAAAAAAAGAAACAAACAUUGUGUACUAGAUGAAAUACAAAGGCUUUGGUCUGUUUUACAAUCAACAAUGAUUAAAUCUGAUAUGUACUUGUAAACAACUGCCAAACACGUUAAGUUUAAAACUCUUUGUCAAGCAAAUGUUUAAUCAUAAUUAUAGGAAUUAAAUAUUUCUAGUUGCACACAUUUUUUUUUAUUUUGACCAUAGGACACUAUAAUACAACUCUAGCUAAGAGACAAAUUGUACCUGACCCUAAAGAAAUGUACUUUAUGAUGCAUGGAACAUUUAUAGGAUAUUCUUAGAGGAGGGGGGAGUAUAAAUGAAAUCAACUUUUAUUGGAGAUUUUUUUCUCUCGCUCGCUCUCGCUCUCUCUCGAAGAUUUCCAGGGAAGACAAGUACUUUACAUUUGGACACGAAAGAAAAAAAGGGGGAUUAUUAUUAUUAUAGCAAAGACGCAGUCUACCAUUUACAGACUACAGGCUUCUCGUUGCUUCCACGUGUCGUCCUCGCCACAUGUUGCCGUUGAUAUCUGUGUGUGUGUGUGUGUGUGUGUGUGUGUGUGUGUGCUCCUUUGUCAGGUCAAUAAAUAGUUUCUCCGAAGAGUCUUUCAAAAUGAUAUGCGUCCAUGCAGAGAGUCGUUCAAAGAUAGUCACGGCAGCACAGAAUGUCUCAGCUUCAUGCGUCCCAUCAUUCAUAUUCACAUACAAAUGGCCUUUUUUUUUUUUUUUUUUUUUUUUUUUUUUACUAA